AUGACUCCUAUGACUGUUGAUGCUGUACGAAGUCCUUCCGGCUGUGGUAACAAAGUUAUGUCGAUUGUUAAGAACUACGCUGGAGUAAUUAAAAACAAUUCUGAGAUAGUCAAUGCCAGAGAUUUUUUUUGGGACAGUAGAGUUGAUGAACAAAACCUGGACUUCGGGAUUGCUAUGCAGGGCCAACAUGCUGAAGAAGUCGCAAAUAAAAAUGUUAACCUCACUGCAAGGAAACUUAAUUUUGAGGAAAAAACUUCUGAAAAAUCUGAUGAUGGAAAUCCGCAGUCACUGUGUUCACUUUUUGGUGAUAACUCUGUUGCAGGCCUAAGUUAUAUUUACUCUCAAGAGCCAGGUGAACAGUUGCAAGCAGAUGCACUGAAUACUAUUGAUAAUUUCCUGUUCAUCAAUGAUGUGGGACUCUCUCAGGAACCCAAUGAUGGCAAAAGUGUUGAAGUGAGGACAUCUCCAGUUUCCAGUGCAGCAGGGGCUCAUAACCUAUUGAAAAUGAGUGGCCCUCGAAGCCCGGUUGGAAAAAGUGGAAUCUUUGACUGGGUUGACAGUCUUGAAGAUGAGGGUGGCGGUGAUUUCUUUAGGAAGAGAAAGGACCUUUUCUUUGGAAGUAGUGAGCAUUUGAAGAACUCGAAUACCCAAUUCUUGAAGAAAUCAAGAUUAGCCCGAGGUGCAUUUGAUAAGUUAGGGGACAUUGAAGGUAGGUUCCCUAAUGCUGAUUCUAAGAGGAUGCGACUAACCUUUUCAGAGCCUAGACCGAAGCAAGAUAUCUUCAUUACUUACAACUCACUGGAUUCUCCAGUGAAAACGUCAAGGGCCCUAUUGGCGCAGAUUGCUGGGAAGUUGAAGACAGAAUCACCUACAAUGAACCAAUCAAAUGAAAGAUGUGCCGAAAGAAGGGAGGAAAAUACCUAUGAUAUUGGACCAGAUACCCAAGUUGCAGCUGAAGCCAUGGAAGCUCUUGUUUUGGGGCAUUUUUCUGAACAUGUAGACAGAGCAGGUAAUGCUGCAGAUCCUGUGAUGUCUCCGGUUUAUACCCCUGUCAAAAAGAGAAGGACCUCUUCUAAUCUAGGGGGAAGUGUAAGGAGAUCGAUGAGAAUAAAGAUGUUGCACGCAGAUGCAAACUCUCAUGGGAACAGUUCAAAGGAAAAUGAAUCCUUGAAGAGAGGUCUCAGAAAAAGUGCAAGAAUGAAGCAUGAAAAUGAACUCUCGGAGAGAAAACCUCGUAAAUCACUCAGGACAGAGACAGCGCAGAGUAAAGGUAAAUUUUCCUCACCUUUGGGAACAGAAGUUGAUGAAGCAGUGGCCAAGAGUGGUACUGAGAGGGUGGGUGAAUCUGCUGGCUCGUUGUCCUUCAAUGAUCAGACUUGGUCUGACAAUGAAUGUGUUCAGAGGGUGAAUAGCCUGAGUGUCACACCUGUUGCACAUCGAACAAGGAGUUCCAAAUUAAAUGCUGCAGUGAGACAUCGAAAGCAGCCUAUAGAUUAUGAGAUGCCUGAAAAAGGUCUGAUGGUGGAAAAUCCUGCUGCUCCUAAGAGAAAACGUAGUAGAAUCAUUGUAAGUCAACCUGAAACGGGAGAAGCUUCAAACGAAAUCAAAGAACAUGUCGAGAACAUCUCUGGUGAAUUUAAUGUGCAAGGAAGCACUGUGCUCCCAGAAGAGCCAUGCACGGCCAACGCCUUAUUGGAAAAGACGCCGGUUGAUAAAACACUGAGAACAACUCAUGAGAACAUCCCUGGGUCUGGGUACACUGACAAGCUUGCCAACUUCGAAGGCCCACCUUUAUCGAGGCAUGGUUCGACGGUGGCUUCAGAAAAUGCUGAUAUAAUCCCCAAACUUGUGGAGAACCAAUCAAAGGAUCCUGCCUGCUUACUUUCUACUGGUAAAAACCAUGGUACUGUGAAAGGGGUUUCGCCAUCAUCAAAUGCCCGGUCAAGAUCGUUUUCACAGUCACAUCUUGGCACCUCAGAAGGAGAAUCCGUUCAAAGCUUGAAAGGUGAUAUUUUGAUAGAGUGUGGUUCCGCUCAUGCCACCUGUUCAGCUUCUAUUGUGAAUGAGAAGGCGCAGCUGGAAGAAGUUAAAGCUGAGACUUCAGUAUCCAUUGGCUGUGCUAAUUCGAAGCAAGGCGCACCUGCACUAUCGGACGCUCAAGAUGCACUCGAGAAAGGCGGUCAAGAGAGAGUUCAGCUACUAGAUUCAACAUCCACAGUGCCAACUAGCAAAUUAAGCGCACUAUCACCUGUUUGUACUAGUGUAGAUUCUCUGAGAGCAACAUGUAAAAGAAGAUCAUCAAAAUCAUUGGUUGCCAGAGAGCUAAUCAGACUUCAGGAUGCGCCAGCCUCCCCAGAUAUUGACUUGAAAGAUGUGCGAAGAAGGAGAGAUAUUGCAAGCAUUCGUGUUUGUCUCAGCCAUCACCUGGAUGAUGACAUAAUUAAGCAACAGAAGAAGGUAGUCUUUGUUACUGUGAUUAAUUUUCAGUAUCAGCUGCGCCAUAUGCCUCAUAUUGACUCUUCUAUUUCUUGCUUGGCAGAUUUUGGCGCGUUUGGGUGCCUCCACAGUCGGUUGUGUUUCAGAGGCGACACAUUUUGUAGCAGAUAAGUUUGUGCGUACAAGAAAUAUGUUGGAAGCAAUUGCUCUGGGUAAACCAGUGGUGUCUCAUCAGUGGUUGGAAAGCUGUGGGCAAUCAUGCUGCUUCAUUGAUGAGAGAAAUUAUAUAUUGAGGGACGUGAAGAAGGAGAAAGAGAUCUGUUUCAACAUGCCAGAUUCCUUGUCUCGUGCACGGCAGACACCACUCCUUCAGGUUUUCUCUGCUCCAUCCAGUUCUGCUUCCCAGAUGAUGGUUUAAUGUUCCAAUAUUAUCUUUCCUCACACACAUAUGGAAUUAUCUAUUUAGGGUAAACGAGUGUUCAUCACACCUAAUGUCAAACCCGGUAGGGAACUCGUCGCCGACUUGGUUAGGGCAGCUCAAGGCCAGGUAUAUCAUCGUUGUGGGUCUUCCGUUGCUCAGCAUCAUGUCUACCAGCAGUUUCAUCCUCAUGUUUGACUUUUGAUUUAUUGCUUGUUUCAAUUGCUUUGCUGCAUAUAUCAAGAAAUCGGUAUUUUAAAAACUAUAAAUAGUAAAUAUCUUAUGAUGAUAAUGAUGCCACCGUGAAUCAACCAGAGAUCAGCAGAGCCCGCAUGCCCAGUUAUCUGCGCGAGAAGGUUUUGUGAAUGCCUCCUCAGAUAUCCUCUUGACUGCAGUUGUGACCUCCUUCAAGCCCCUCUGUACCCACUUUUGUCAUCCUCUGUCUCAACCAGUCAAGAGAAUCCAACGGACAGCAUGCAGCUUUCCAUUUGAUCAUCUGGGAGAUAAAGAGAGCGCGUGUGUAGGUGUGAAAAGAUUAGGGUUUUGAAAAUGACAUAAUUCAUACUGCUUGAAGCAUGCUUUUGUGAAGAGUGUCAAAUAAGGAGGUAAAGAAAUUGAAAACACCCAAACUCGUAUUUUUAUUCAUCAACUGGAUAUUUUUUCAAUUAUUUUCCUCAUGAGCUGCGAUCUAAAUUGUAUAUAACAUAUGAAUCCCAGUUGGUAUGAUUUUCAUGUCUGAAUGAACAGGAUAUUAUCUAUUUUUUUUUCUCUCACUGGCUGUGAUCUUCAAAAUACAGAACACCCAUAUUAAAUAUUUGGAUAAUGUAUGUAUAUAUGGUAAAGCUCAGUUGUUGCGACUUUCAGCCACUGGAGAGGAUUGGGCGAUCUUCAAUCAGGGAUGGCAAGGUGCCCAAUGAUCUUCUGGUCAUUUCCUGUGAGGAGGAUCUCGCAAUCUGCACACCUUUCCUGGAGACAGGUGAGAGUAAUCCCUGGUCAACGGCAAUGCCACCCUCCCCCCCAAGGUUCCUCCCAGGGCACUGACUGAUGAUGGUGGGCUUGGGUUCUCAGGGGCGGAGGUCUUCAGCUCCGAGCUCCUGCUGAACGGGAUCGUUGUUCAGAGACUCGAACAUGAGAGGUAGGCUCCACUCGGAGGGUUUCCUCUUCAGGGAAAGAACUCCAUUAAUAUGCUUGUGCUUCUUAUGUUAUAUGAACAGGCAUCGGAUCUUCGCGGAUCGCAUCAAGAGGACCCGCUCGACGAUCUGGUUCAGAGCGAGCAGCAGCAGCCGGUUCCUCCCCGUGGGGAAGUGCAGGUAGUAACUGAGAGGGGGGAAUUGGGGAGGAUGGUUCGGAGUCUGUAGAUUCUCUGGGUUUCUUCACGGCCGCGGUGGGGUCUGCCAUUCUCUUUGUACAGCGAGCGGUUGAUAGAUUCUUCUGCUCGAAGUUUGUUCUAGGCUAAGUAUAUAUAUAUAUAUAUAUACAUUUUUUUUUCCGACGUUGACGAUGUGCGCUUUGUUGAUGUAUACUAAUAAUUAUUGGUUUCUUGAUGGGAUAUCUUCUUGAUGAUUCAUUCCCCCCUUCACUCCCCUAAAAGCUUCCUAAUCUAUGAGCAUGAAGAACACAUUUUUCACCAGGAUAUAUUAUAUUUAG